UUACAUUCCACAAUCCACCACCAUUAAAUCAUCUCCAAUCGUAUGCUCUACACGUUUCAAUCAAACCCAGAGAACUGGUCUGAUCAUCGGCCAUAUCUCUGCAGCCACAUGGGUCCCGCUUGACUUUCCGUCUCCUACGAUAACGAUUGUCUAAAUUUACCACUUCCACCAACUCUCAGACUUUAUAUCAGCACUGUUGAUCUUGCGUGUCUAACCUAUUUAUACACUCUCAGUCUCGCCAUAUCCCUUCGCUCAAACCCCUCUCUCGAUACUCAUAAGAUUCAGAGGAAGAGAGAGAGAGUGUGUGUGUGUCUAUCUUCUCUUUCGUAGACAAAAUUCUCAGAUCCAACCUUAACAAUGGCUUUGUUGGUGGAGAAGACCACUAGCGGCCGUGAGUACAAGGUCAAGGACAUGUCUCAGGCAGACUUCGGUCGCCUCGAGAUCGAAUUGGCUGAGGUUGAAAUGCCUGGUCUUAUGGCCUGCAGAGCCGAAUUCGGCCCUGCUCAGCCUUUCAAGGGCGCUAAGAUCACCGGUUCCCUACACAUGACCAUUCAAACUGCCGUCCUCAUCGAGACCCUCACCGCUUUGGGCGCCGAGGUCCGCUGGUGCUCAUGUAAUAUCUUCAGCACUCAGGACCACGCUGCCGCCGCCAUCGCCCGUGACUCCGCUUCCGUCUUCGCCUGGAAGGGUGAGACUCUUCAGGAGUACUGGUGGUGUACUGAGCGUGCUCUUGACUGGGGUCCAGGUGGGGGCCCUGAUCUGAUCGUGGAUGAUGGUGGUGAUGCUACCCUUUUGAUCCAUGAGGGUGUUAAAGCUGAGGAGAUUUAUGAGAAGACUGGACAGCUUCCUGAUCCGUCUACCACCGAUAAUACCGAGUUUCAAAUUGUUUUGACGAUUAUUAGAGAUGGAUUGAAGACAGAUCCCAAGAGGUAUCACAAGAUGAAGGAAAGAUUGGUGGGUGUUUCUGAGGAGACUACCACUGGUGUUAAGAGGUUGUACCAGAUGCAAGCUAAUGGAACUUUGCUAUUCUCUGCUAUUAACGUUAAUGACUCUGUCACCAAGAGCAAGUUUGAUAACUUGUAUGGAUGCCGCCACUCUCUCCCUGAUGGUUUGAUGAGAGCCACUGAUGUCAUGAUUGCUGGCAAGGUUGCUGUUGUCUGUGGUUAUGGUGAUGUUGGCAAGGGCUGUGCUGCUGCCUUGAAGCAGGGUGGAGCUCGUGUGAUUGUGACAGAGAUUGAUCCUAUUUGUGCCCUUCAGGCUCUUAUGGAAGGCCUCCAAGUCUUGACUCUUGAGGAUGUUGUCUCUGAGGCUGACAUCUUUGUCACCACCACUGGUAACAAGGACAUCAUCAUGGUUGAUCACAUGAGGAAGAUGAAGAACAAUGCCAUUGUUUGCAACAUUGGUCACUUUGAUAAUGAAAUUGAUAUGCAUGGACUUGAAAACUACCCUGGUGUGAAGCGCAUCACCAUCAAGCCCCAGACUGAUAGGUGGGUGUUCCCCGAAACUAACUCAGGCGUCAUUGUGUUGGCUGAGGGGCGUCUCAUGAAUUUGGGUUGUGCGACUGGUCACCCCAGCUUUGUGAUGUCGUGCUCUUUCACCAACCAGGUAAUUGCACAGCUCGAGUUGUGGAGGGAGAAGGGAACAGGGAAAUAUGAGAAGAAGGUCUAUGUUUUACCGAAGCACCUUGAUGAGAAGGUUGCUGCACUUCACCUUGGAAAGCUUGGGGCUAAGCUCACUAAACUAACCAAGGAGCAGGCUAAAUACAUCAGCUUGCCCGUUGAGGGUCCUUACAAGCCACCUCACUACAGGUACUAAGUCAGGGCAAAGAGUUCUUGAGAAAAACUGCAUAUUGGGACGGCUUGACUGUUUGUUUUACAAUUUGAAGAUGAUUUGUGAUAGAAUGUUAGGAUUUUAUUUGUAUUUUUAUUUUAUUUUUAGGAUUUGUGUUUUGGAGGGGAAAAGUUGGGAGGCAAGAUAUGGAUUGGUCUCUAUUGAAGAAGACCACAUGGGAUUGAAUAAGGUUUUGGAUGUGGGGUUGUGUGCGAUGUAUUGUAACUGCUACCAUUUGAGUUAUGCUGCAACUGGUUGUUGUCAUUUUAUUCCAAAAAAAAAAUGAAGGAUAAAAAAAUAAUUAUUAAAAUCA